CUGGCGCCGGAUUACUUUACCGUCUUGUGCAGUGCCAUUGCACAACUUUGUAUCCCUGAUAGUGAAAUCGGCCAGACCCCAGACGACGCAGAAUCGGCGGAGGAAUGGGCUUUUCAGACGGUACUAGCCAUCAUCCUAGCAGGGCUUCUGCGAGAGGCGGUCGUGAAGGAGACCGGCUUGUGGAUUUCGGUCGGCUACCGGCUGAUCUUGGAACACUGCCCCUCCCAUGUUGAUGAGAGGUCCCGCGAGUGGCGACGUCUCUUCUCUGGUCUGCAGAUCGUAGAUCUCGAGCAUGCCUCGAUUCACCUCUCAUGUCCGAUCAUUCCCAUAGAGGCACCUCUACCUCGGCUGAAGAUAGCCAUGCAGGAUCAACUCUACAGGCUAUCACGCAUGAUGCACACCGGCUUGACGCACUUCACAGGCAGAGGUCUGCCAACUAUUUGGUCUUGUUUUGCAAGCGUGCCAUCUACCGCGCCAGAUUCGACCGUGUCUUUCAGUGGCGUGGACGGGGCCGUCAUUCGUGACUGGGCACGUCAGCUGGACGACUGGCUGGUAGAGUUCAGCGAUAAGGACUUCGAGUCUGAGCAUGAGAAGAAGCUGGUCUUCAGGCAGUAUAUACUCCACCGGCUGCUGGUUCUGUCAAUCUACCACCCAGCCAGGGGUUGCAACUUGUUCUCCAACACGACACCCAAAGAGCAACACGAGCUGCUGGUGUCUGCGAGAGCCGCCGUGAAGCUGCAGAUACUCGAUGCGGCUAUAUGGUCCAACUGGGAUCUGGUUAUGAUCACAUGGGCUGCGCUCAUUGUACUGCAAGGUGUUGAUGGUGGUGUAGGCGAGCCCGAUGAUCUGGAGAACGUUGGUGUGCACUUGCAGAAGUUGAAAGAGAUGCACGAGCCUAAACCAAGUCUCAGAGCCAUCUUAGCUUCACGACUUGAAGAAAAGCUACAGGGCUUGCAUACCCCAGCUUCGGGAGACGCGGAGGUUUUUGAGCAGGAGAUACGGAACCUUGACAACUCUUGGUACAUAUUUGACCAAGCUAGCUUACAGGCAGGUUACGAUUUAUGGUCAUAUGAGAAUCAGGGAGGAUAG